AUGGAAAAGAGUCACCUUAGGUUUUCUUUCGUCGUUCGUCUUCUUUUGUUGUUUGAAAUAUUUGAAUUUGGAUUUAUGUUAAAUGAAAUGGGAAAUGAAGAUGGAUCAGAACGCUGGGGAUAUGUUGAAGUUAGGGACCAGGUGAAUUUGUUUUGGUGGUAUUAUCGUAGUCCAAACAGGACUAAAGAUUCAGCAAAUCCAUGGCCCGUCAUUCUCUGGCUGCAGGGUGGACCUGAUAGUCCAGCAGGGACAGGAUUUAGUUAUGUAAAUGAUCCAAGAUUGUUGGCGACAAGUGAUGAAGAGGCUGCAUUAGAUUUGACAAAGCUUUUGAUUCAAGUUUUUAACGCUUGUGAGAGUCUACCAAUGAGUCCUCUCUAUAUUGUGGGAGAAUCUUAUGGAGGAAAACAUGCUGCUAUUCUUGCCUUAAAUGUUCUCCAUGACUUGUUUUGGGUUCCUCAUGGAUAUCACCAGCGGAUUUUACGUCUUGCCAAGAAAAUAGAGGAGCAAGUUGAGGCUGGCGACUUUGUUAAUGCGACCUCAACAUUUUGGCAUCUUACAGAUGUCCUCCUAAACAACUCCUGGGGUGUGGACAUCUACAAUUUCAUGUUGGAUGCCGUGAAUGACCCUUUAGUAAAUUCAAACUCGAUAACCAAUAGAUACACCACAUAUUCGACUUCUUCUUCAAAAGUUUCUAAUUCUGUUAACCUUAACACAUUGAUGAAUGGAGUGAUAAGGGAGAAACUCAAGAUCAUACCACCCCAUGUUAUAUGGAAAUUCAGCUCGGAUCUGGUUUUCAACGCACUGGCUGGAGAAUUUAUGAAACCAAGAAUUUACGAGGUUGAUAUACUGUUGGAAAAAGGAGUCCCUGUGACUAUAUACAGUGGCCAGUUGGAUGUCAUAUGCUCACCGAAAGGAACCGAGGCAUGGGUGAAAAAGCUCAAGUGGGAGGGGCUUCAGAAUUUCAUGAGCACGGCAAGGACACCAAUAGCUUACACGUCAAAUGGCCAGGGAAUGCUAUUUGGAUUCGAAAAAUCCCAUGAAAAUUUGUCAUUUUAUUGGAUUCUAGGAGCCGGUCAUUUUGUACCAGCUGAAAGGCCCUUUGUAGCAAUGGAAAUGAUAGGAAAAGCAACCAACUCUCCAGCUCCAUCAUUGUAAUUAGUUGGAGCUUCUGGUGUCAAAACUGUAGAUUAUGCAUGCAUUUUAAUGAUGUUUCAUAUUUUUCGUAUCGUAUUAAAAGUAGUUUCAUUUGUUACACAAGUAAUUAAGUAGUUAUAUAUUUAAUUCGGCAUUCAAUUUUAAAGGGAUUAUAUAAGUUACUUACACAAAAAAAUU